UUGGUUUGUUCUAUGCUAAGCAGUUCCGUAUUCUAGAAGACUUCUCCUUGAUCUCUGGGCUGGAAUACGGGGCAUUCCGGUUUCUUUGAGCCGGGGUGCCACAGCAUGGUCUCAAGGGCAACACUUCAGCGUGUUUUACAUGCUUACAAGAGGAGGACACCGUGGACCAUAUACUGGUACAGUGCACUUACGCUAGAGAGGUCUGGUACCGUUUCUUCUCGGCUGUUCACAUCCCAGUCCUCAGACCAUCACAUGACAGCACGUUCACGGCAUGGUGGCUGGAAGCGAGGGCAAGGGUGCCGAGCAAGACGAGAAGGACGGGCAGCGUGUUUUCAGAUGCCUGUAGCGGGUGAAUAAGAAAACGUAAUUGCCGUGCCAUCAAAUUUUGGUGUUCGAAAGAGACACUUGGUUUUCAUACGUACGUUAGGAUCAGGAGAUGUCCAAUUAAAUUUCAAAAAAAAAGGAGAUGUCCAAUUAGCUAGUGGAGCAUUUCGGUAAAGAUGCCAAGGACAAAUUCAGUAAUCGUACAAAGAAAUAAAGGCGCGCAGGGACUGAAGCUUCACGACUUGGCGCCAAGAAUAAUAGCAUCACUGCACUGACCAUGCUUUGCUGGGUGUAUAAAGCCGCGCAAGAAUCAAACUAAUUAAGCUCGCGCGCUGCACUCCAUGGUUGAUAGGAUGCCACCCCUCGCAGCAGCGGCAUCCUCGUCGCGGUGCGCCCCCUUCGCCUGCCGCCGCGGCAGCGCCGAGCAGCGCUCCAGGGGCCUGGAUCACGCGUCAGCACCGGUGCCUGCCGCCGGGCAGGGGUGUGGGCGGCCGCUGGGCCGCGCGGCGGGGGUCGUGGGCGGCGGCAUCGCGGCGGCCUUCUUCGCGUCCCUGGAGCGGUGCGCCUGCGUGGAGGUCCGCACGACCGACGACCUGUCCGACUGCAGCAACUGCGCGAUGGAGGCCGCGCCGCUCAUGGGCGACGGCGGCAGUUCCGGCCGUUCUUCCAC